UAUUAUCGGCAGUAUUAGCCCAAGCUAGCCCCCGCGUAAUCGGACUUCGUGUGUACAGCGUCAUCGCCUAUCGGUGUCCCAGCGAAUCUUCAUGACUUCUACAUAGGCCCGAGGCUUUCAGCACAGAAUCAUCUCUUGGAGGGUAACAAAAUGUAUUCACUUAUUAUGAUUUUGGCAGGUGCCAUUCUGUUGGCGUUAAUAGGACUGAGACUGAAAUCAUCAUCCUUGAAAACAGCAACAGCUAGAUUUCGCCAUUGGAGCUUCACCACGUCGAGAGAAGGCCAAUCCCAAGAUACCUUACAUAUAGAGAGUUUGUCCAGUUUCGAUUGGUCCGUCACGGAACCUCUCAAACUCCGUACCUUUAAACCUGUGUAUUUUAUCACGAUGGCUAUGUCAGGGGUACGAACUGCGAAGCCAGCAGAUCUCAUCAUGAUCGAUCACAAUUAUCUUGAAAGACUGGAGAUUAGACAAGAGACACUACGGAAUCACGCUGAGAAGACCCUUGGGUGCUUACCAGUAGGAACAGCGGCUGUCCAGGAGGUGUAUAGCUAUCUAUUGGAUAGUUAUCUGCCUGUGCGCUAUCCCUUGAUGUUUAUGAAAGACGAGAAGAAGUUCUUCAAUCGAGUCACAAACACUGCAUUUCCAUUAGUGCCGCCAGCCGACCCUGUUGAGGCCCUGAGGCUGAUGGCUGCUAAUGUUGAAGACGACAUGUUCAUUCUUCAACAGGAACCACAGGGGCAUCGGUGCAUCGCAGCUAUGUGUACAAGUCCGUCAGGAUUUGACCCAAGCCAAAAGCUUGGCAAGCUGCUGAAAGACAUCCACGCGCCUGUACCUGCGUACGACAAAAUUGGACCGAGCAUGGAGAAGUAUUUUAGUCGCGUUGAGGUUGGGAAGAAUGCCGUCCGUAACAAUUGGUCUGUAACGACAACCCCGGAUCUAUUUAAUGUUGCAACAAACCAUAUCAAGGAAGAUGAUCCCAUUGAAGAAGACAUAAAUGUCGACAUCUCAAAGGUAAAGUGCUAUGUAUACUUUAAUCAGGGUCACUUGAGUGACAUCUUGCAGGCAAUACUACGAUGUGAGCUUCAAACGCUCAGCCGGUUGCCAAAAACAAGAGCUCUCUUAUUCUCUUUUAAAACAUUUACAUACCCCAUCGAGGACAUCAAGGCUGAAGGACUUGGACCACAAUUGGCUGAUGCGAUCGAGGGUUUGAAAUCUGGUAAUGCAGAAGGAAUGUGGAUUUACAAAGGUGGAGUGAGAUGGGGCAAGAGCGUAUGCGAAUACCUCCGGGCCUAGUACCAGCGACGUCACCGUGCAUACUGUCAUAUUCGAGGCUUGUUUGGCUAAAGAUUCGUUUGUAGGUAUGUUUCAUAAUAUUAUAGUCAUGCUUUUAUUCCAGGACCUGAUAUCAAGCCGAUUCAACAUGCCUCAGUAUCAGUAUCAUGAUGAUCGCAAUUAUGUAUUACUGACAU